AUGCACGCGAUACGCCGACCGGGGCUCCGAGAGUCUAUGACAAAUACAACUUCAACACCAACAACUGAAAACCAGUCUCAGUUGAUAGCCAGUCCGGCACCUAUUCUCGGCACAACAUUGCAAAAGAUGGCAGCGCAGGCAGAUCUUGAAAAUCAACGGCAACAGACCGAUGAAAGGACGCCUCUACUUGGCAGCUCUGCCGAGAAUGAGGAGGCGAAUCAGGAGCCUUCCAGGAAUCGGUCUGAGCGCGAUGACGAACAUGAUGUGAAUGAAGAUUCAGAGCAAGGCUACCUUAUUCCUCCAGAAGAUGAUAACGAAGAGGAGAAACCUCAAAGGACCACCGGAUGGUGGUUAUGGAGAGCCUUUUGGGCGGUACUCGCCAUAGUCGUCUUGGCUGUUUUUAUCAAGGGCUGGGUUGAUGCGAAAGACACAAACUUUGAUCUUGGAAAAGCACUCAAGAGAGCACUUGGUGGUGGAUUGAGUGGCGCUGCAGCCAUGGUACUGCAAGUUCUAACGCUGAUGCCACUUCGAACCAUCAUGAACUAUCAGUAUCGCUUUGGAACUGGCUUUCGGACUGCCACAGCUACCCUCUAUCACGAUGGAGGACUACGAAGGUACUACCAGGGUAUCGGCGCUGCGCUCAUCCAAGGCCCCGUCUCUCGUUUCGGUGACACUGCUGCCAAUGCCGGCAUUCUUGCCUUACUCGAGUCUAACAAAUUCUUGAACCAACUUCCAACGCUCAUCAAAACCAUCUUUGCUUCACUUUGCGCUGCCGGUUUCCGCAUGAUCUUGACACCUAUCGACACGCUCAAGACAACGCUUCAGGCACAAGGUGCUAAAGGUACCGCGAUCCUUCGCCAACGUGUUAAGACGAACGGCAUUGGAAGUCUCUGGUGGGGCGCCUUCGCAACUGCUGCCGCUACGUUCGUCGGCCAUUACCCCUGGUUUGGAACAUACAACUAUCUUACUGCUACCAUUCCGGAGCCUGAUAAGAGCGAACUAUUCUUGUGGCUCCUACGUCUUGCGUUCAUCGGCUUUUGUGCCUCAAUUGUGUCUGACUCGGUGUCAAACUCUCUGAGAGUGGUUAAGACUUACCGCCAAGUCAAUGACACUCAGAUUUCUUACAGAAAAGCAGCGUCGCUGGUUAUCCAGCGAGAUGGCUUCCUUGGAUUCCUUGGCCGUGGCCUUAAGACCCGUAUCCUGGCCAAUGGCCUUCAAGGUGUCCUUUUCUCUAUUCUCUGGAAACUUUUCCUUGACCUGUGGGAGAAGAAGACGAGCUCCUGA